AUGUCGACGCUUCAGGUCCCCGACCCUCGCCUGCGCGCUCGUUCCAGGUCUCGCAGCGCUCACAGUAGGGAGCGCUCGCGGUCGCGCGACAGUCGAGCGCCCAGGAAGUACGAUGACUCCGACUCGGAGGAGCAGCGGCGGAAAGCUCGCAGUCGCAGCCGCAGCAGCUACCGGGAAAGCUCGAAAUACGACCAUUCGCAGGAGUAUGAGGACGAUAUAUACCGGCCCAGGGAGCGCAGCAGGGACCGUUACCACCAUUCGGACACCGACGAAGACGAGAAAUACUAUCGUGCCGACAGACGUCGCCAUUCGUCCCCCUACGCCAGCGACUCCGAACACUCGGACUCGGACUCGGAUCUGGAUGCGCUGGCGUACGGCGACACUGCUGCUGUGGAGUCGAGCAUGCAUUAUCGGCCCUCUGCGUCGCCAGAGCGUCGUUCACAUGCCCGCUCGUCCAGCGCGACAUACCAUCUCCGCGAUGAUGACUCGGAUCGCGAGCCGCCGGGCAGCCAUCCCAGCUAUGCGCGCCCAGAGCGAUUCUCCUAUGCGCAGCCUCCGCAAUUCACCCACGCUCAGCCGGCCCAAUUCCGUGAAACCAGACAUGCAAGCUACAGCGGCGCGCAGCCCCAAUUGCCAAAGGAUUGGGCGCCCAUCCCCGAGUGUGAGAUGCCAGGCUACGUGCCGCCCAGCUCUCAGGCGCCGACGACGCAAACGCAGCCUCUCCCAGGCGCCUUUCCAGCGCCCACAACGCAGGCUCCUCCAGGAGGCUAUCCAGCCCCUACAACACAGCCUGUCCCCGGGGCGUUUCCUGCCCCCGUCUCAGGCCCGCCAGAUGCCUAUUCUCACGCCUAUCCGGGCGCACAGCCAUCGUAUGCGAACCUGCCGCAGUGGCAGUAUGCCAAUCCUGAUCCCAACAUCACGUAUUCGUCCAAGUCGAACAAGCAGCCCUACACGCAGUCCAGCACCAACCAGUUCGUGAAGCCGUACACGCUGAGCAGCGAGCCGCAGUUCGAGAUGAACCCGGCGCAGUCCCGGCAGGACGGCGCCCGUCCUCGUCCCCACAGUCUGUCUGUUUCGACGGUCAACAACCUCUCAGUGGGAGGUGGUGAUGGCCUGGGGCCAGGCGGUCGACCGCCAGCGAGUCCGCUACUAGAGCCCUAUCAAGGCACCUAUCAGUCCAUCUCCCCGAUGCCCUCGCCCAUUGCUUCCCCAGCGAGGUUGUCUCCGAGACUGGACGAGGACGUCUCCGAUCUGGAGCCCUUGGAUGGCGGUGGUUCAGGCUCCGACCGGCGGAGGACACGCCAGAACAAGAGCAAGUCGAGAGACGACAGCAGGGAGCGCAAGGACCGGAAAGAGAAGGAGAGAGAGCGAGAAAGGGAGAAGAGCAAAGAGCGGAAACCGAAGUAUUACGACCGACGACGCGACGAUGACAAGGGCAGCGGCCCGGACGAGGUGAUUCUGAUCUCCCCCAGCAGUCGCAAGAAAGUGUCGUUCUACAACCCGACGCCCGAUGCGCUCGCCCUGAAAGAAGCGCUCUUGCACCAUCGCCUCGACCCGCGGCCGUUCAUCACCAUCCUGCCGUAUCUGACCAGCGAUGAGGUCCUGGCCCUGCGGGCCGAGUACAAGAAACAUGCCAAGCUGCACGGCAAGGGGAUCAACAUCGCCAAGCACAUCAAGAUGAGGCUAGACGGGAACACGCCGUUCGGCAAGGUCUGCUACGCCACGGCCCUGGGCCGCUGGGAGUCGGAGGCGUACUGGGCCAACUACUACUACCAGGCAGGCACGUCACGGCGGGAGCUGCUGAUCGAGUCGCUGAUGGGGCGCACCAACGCCGAGAUCCGCGAGAUCAAGGCCUGCUUCCGCGACUCGCGGUACGCCGACAGCCUGGAGAAGUGCAUGAAGGCCGAGCUUAAGGCGGACAAGUUCCGCAUGGCGAUCUUACUGGCGCUGGAGGAGCGGCGCCAGCCGGAGCGCGACACGGUCGAUGUGCAUCUCGUCCAGCAGGACGUGCACAAUCUGCAUCGCGCGCUGGUCUCGCGCGAGGGCGGCGAAACAGCCAUGAUUAAGAUUAUCGUGGUCCGCAGCGACUCGCAUCUGCGCGAGGUCCUGCGCGUGUACGAGAGCAUCUACCGGCAGAACUUUGCCCGGGCGAUGAUUGCCAAGUCGAGGAACCUCGUCGGAGAAACCCUCGCACACAUCCUCAACGGCGUCAUCAACCGACCCAUGCGAGACGCGCUGCUUCUACACCAGGCGAUCCGCGAGUCCCGAUCAGGGCGCGAGCGGUCCGAGCUGCUCAUCUCGCGUCUGGUCCGACUGCACUGGGAGCCGCGGCACCUGGAGCAGGUGAAACACGAGUACCGCAAGCGGUACAACGAGCGGGUCGAGGAAGCCAUUGCGCAGGAAGUGAUGUCAAGCAGUGGCGGGAGAGACUGGGGCGAGUUCUGUAUCGAGCUUGUUCGAAGUUCGUCGUUUCUUACCUCUGAGAGGUCGGGGCGGUAG